AUGCACCCGCCGUCGUCGCAGAAGCACCAGCAUCAGCACUAUCAGCAGCCGCCGCCGCAACAUCAUCAGCAUUAUGAAUCACAUCAACAACACCAACAACACGACCAGCAGCAUUCUGCACCUCUCCCCAAGCAGGAGCAGACCGACAGCUCCUCGGCUCCUGUCUUGGCCGCCUUGCCUGCAUACCCGACGCUGCCCCCUAUUUGGGACUCGACACAUUCACCCGCAUUGAGUGCAUCUUCCACGUCCACAAUGCAGGCCUCAGCCUCUUCGCUAUCCUCGUUGCCACCGCUUGUUCUGCAUCCUCCCUCCUCAGGACUACAGCCCAACCAACCACGAUCACGCUCGCCAUCGUCGAACCGUUUCCAGACCCGGGAGCCAGCACCAUUAUCGCUCUUCGACGGCAGCCCUACGACUGAACUUCCGCCUAUUCAGCUGAACCGUGAAAGGAGCAGCUCGGAUCACUCCCUCCCGUCGAUAGCAUCUCUGAAUGUUGGGGGCUCGCUCCCAACUCUGCAGCCAACGCCAACACCACAACCUCCUCCGAAGCUCACCUGGCCGAAUUCCAACCCAUUAUCGGCCUACUAUUCCGACAAUGAUAAUGAUGGACGUGGCGCAUCUCCCCAGCAGCGUCAUGACCGAAGAUCGACCAGUGUCAGCCUGGAUGAUCCGCAGGUCAUGAUGGCUAUCUCCGCCCUGAACGAAUUGAAAACUGAUUCAGUUUCAUCCCCUCCCAACCGUAACACACCACUGCGUGGUGGGACGAGAGACCGGAACCAAGAACCCGAGCCUCUACUGUCGCUUAUAACCACAGCCCAUCCGAUCAUCGAAAGCACGGUGCAGCGAUCUUCUCACCUCUACACAAAGACCAAGAACUUUUCGCCCCGUAUCAGAUCAGGCCUCGAAUACGUCGAGGGCUCGCUAAUACCUGUCGCAGACACGGUGAACAAUGUCGGUCGCCGAACCGGAAUCGAGUCCGGCGUCAGAUGGAUUCUUGGAAAGCGGACUAAGAGUUCCAGCGAUACGCGUGAGAGCGGGCAGAACAAGCGGCAUAUGGCUUCUAGGCCUAUGAACGGGACCGGGAGCGAAGCACGGUUUUCGGAGGCUUCGACUACCGAUGGAUCCCGCCGGACUUCGAUUAGCACCAUUGAGACGUUACCCGCCUAUGACGACCAGCGAUCGCCAGCUUACGACGAGACGGUUGAACAAAACGGUCAGUCACUUGAUCCCAAGUCAGCUCUCCAUUCGCAGAUGGGAAGCGGACGGGUCCAGGUCACCACAUCCAGCCUCAAGGAGACCAUGAAGGAGGAAAGUUUACGCUCGCUCAAGUAUGUGCUUGAGACGUUGAGGGAUGUGACCAACACCCUCCAGCAGGGCACCAAUGAGUUGAGCUCCGUACUUGAUCAGUAUGACAGAACGACAACCAGAAGAGAUGGUGAAGACCAUGUCAUGACCGACGGGUCUGCGCCGGAAGAGGAUCGCACGAAGCUGGUGGAGCGUAUGACUGAACUCCGGCAAAACAUUUACUCCAACAUCAAGGAUGUUUCGUCGGUUGUCUCCAACUACACUGGCGCUGCUUUGCCCGAGAAUGCCGGUAACCUUGUCCGCCACCAUCUUCUCAGCCUGCCCAUGGUUUGGAGUCAGGCUAGCAAGAAGACUUCGAGCGAGCAACCAAACUCGCAAGACCCGAAUGCGCUUGUGCGUAAGGCUGCCAAGGUGGCUCUCUCUUUUAGCAAAGAGGGAUUGCAUAUUUUCUCUCAGAUCAUGGAGAUCAUCCGUACCGCAACCGAUCACGCGGAGGACUGGAGAAAUAAGAAGAUGAACCAGUCGGGCCCCAUGAACGGUGCAGAGCAUGAAAUUCGGCUUGUGGUUGACCAACCUCUUCCUCGGGUUGCUACCAUCAAUGGUGAUCUUCCCAUGAGGUAG